AUGACCCAAAGUGAGGCAGUGAACUCUUCUAACGGGGAGAAGAUAGAUAAGGAGAUGCCUAUUAAGGAGGUUCCAGAGGCUGGUGAGAAGGGAAGUAGAAAAGAAGAAACCAAGGCAGAAGAGACUAAAGAUGAGGCUAAAGAUGAAGAAAAUGAGAAGUCCAAAGAUGAAGUGCUUAAAGCUGAGGAGACCAAGGAUAAAGAGACUACAGACAAAGAGACUAAAAAUGAGGAAACUAAAGCUGAGGAAACGAAAGAUGAGAAGUCUAAAGAUGAGGAGCCUAAAAAUGAAGAGCCUCAAGAUGAAGAGCCUAAAGAUGAAGAGCCUAAAGAUGAAGAGCCUAAAAAUAAAGAGCCUCAAGAUGAAGAGCCACAAGAUAAAGAGCCUAAAGAUGAAGAAAACAAUGUUAUCAAAAAUAACCAAUCUGAUAUUGCAGCAAAAGCACCAAAUGGAACAGGCAGGAACAGAUCAUCAACCUCAAGCUCCUACACCAUUAAUGAAGCAGCUGGAAUCACCUUUCUCAAAGAUACUCUAGAGAAGUUAAUAGCAAUCAAAGAAAUCGCAAAAAAGCAGAAAGAACUCGUGGCUUCGGCAAAGGAGGCAAUCAAGAUAUUGGAAUCGGGAGAGAUACCCCCGGAAGCGAAGAUAUUUGAUCCUUUAAAGCGGGCCUGCGAACAGAAGAACAUUGAGGGCCGAAUUUUGGCAUUGGACUGCUUGGGAAAAAUCUUCACGUUCAAUAUUUUCAACAGCAAGGUGUAUGUUGAGUACCGGCAGGGAAAGGAGAGUGGUGCAGAGGUGGAAUCUGCCUCUGAGGGAGCAGAGGGCGGCAAGGUUCCGCUUAUCGAUGCGCUUAUCGGGGUGAUAAGCACUUGCUUUGAUGGAGAAGGUACGGAUGAGAGGGUAGAACUUCAGAUAAUCCGCGUUCUUACUGCUGCAGUUGUGAACAAGGCGAUGCCGGUUCAUGGGAAGGCACUUCUGCAGGCUGUGCGGCAGCUUUACAACAUAUUUUUGCUUUCUUUAUCGCCUGCGAAUCAGGGGAUAGCACAGGCGACAUUGAUGCAGGUUGUGAGUAUGGUGUUUGAUAGGGUUAGCAAGGGGAUAAAGGAGGGAGAAGAAAGAGGAGAAGAUAAGGAAGGAGGAGAAGAAGAAGAAGAAGAAGAAGAAGAAGGAGAAGAUAAAGAAGGAAAAGAAGAAGUUAUAGGAGAAGAUAAAGAAGGAAACGAUAAAGAAGGAAAAGAAGAAGUUAAAGAUGGAAAAGAUCAUGAAGAUAAUGAUAAAGAUAAAGAUAAUGAAGGAAUAGAUACCACCCCUAACAAUCUCCCUAUAACCCUCAAACAAAUGCAACAGGUGCCUAAAGACGUCCUAAAACUGACAGAAGACACUGCAGACAACGACCUUGACACGUGGACCAGAGACGCGUUCCUCAUCCUGCGUUCGAUGUGCAACUUGUCGGCAAAGACGAUCGAGAACGAGGCGGUGGACAUGAGGUCGCACGCAAUGCGGUCGAAGCUGAUCUCCUUGUACAUCGUGUACUUCGCAAUGAAGAACAACGGCGACCUGAUGAGAAGCGGGCGGUGCAAGGUGGGGAAAACACGGUUUGUGGACGCGAUCAAGAAGCAUAUCUGCCUGGUUCUGUCACGAAACUCAUCCUCACAGAUCGGCCCAGUGUACGAGGUGGCCCUGGAGAUAUUCUGGCAGAUGGUGAGCCGGCACAGGGAGCAGUUCAAGUACGAGAUAGCGGUGUUCUUCGAGGAGGUGUACCGGCCAAUCAGCGAGAUGCAGGCGUCGACGGCCCACCAAAAGCGGUAUUUGCUGCAUGUGGUGGCCGAUAGGCUUUGCCGGGACGGCAAUGCGUUGGUGGAGUUGUACUUGAACUACGACUGCGACGCGGCGAUGCCGAAUCUGUGUGAGGAGGUGGUGAACCUGCUUGCCCGGCACGCGGUGGCCCGGGUGGACGCCACACCGGGGCAACGGCUGGCCUACCGGGAGAGUCUUACGCGGGGGCUGGCCACGUACGGCGUGGAGGCCGUGCCGGAGCUCAGCACGAACCGGCUGGCGAGCCGGGCGCCUGUGCCUGAGUCGGAGGCCCGGUACCCGGUGGGGUAUGCGUUGAAGAUGUGUGCGAUAGGGGGGUUGGUGAGGUUUUUGGAGAGUAUAGGUGGCGACGGUGGCGCAACCACCGGAGCCUUUGAAGCAGAAGGUGAAGAAAGUGAAAGUGGAAGAGAUGAUAAAGGAAGAGAUGAUAUAGGAAAUGGUAAUAAAGGAAGCGGUAAUGAAAAUGGCUUGGCGAGUAUUGCCAGCACAGCGACAAGUGCGGUGAGUAUAGCCAGCAGAGAAGGAGAGGAAAACACAAACUCACCAAGUAUUCACUCCGAUAGAUACUCGCAAAGCAUUCACUCAGAUAGAUACUCACAAAGCAUCAGCUCGGUUGCAAACUCCAACACCCCGUGGGACUCCAGCAAAAUCAAGAAAACAGCAUUUCUCGAAUGCGUCCGGCAGUUCCAGUUCUCGCCGAAGAAAGGACUCAAGUCGUUCGCAGCAAACAACUUUCUUCCCGACUCGGCCCCAGAAACGGUGGCCCGGUUCCUGUUGGAUACGAAAGCGCUCGACAAAUCGGCAAUCGGCGAGUUCCUCGGGUCCGGAGAUGACCGAAACGUGGCAAUCAUGCACGCGUUCGUGGACCGGAUGGACUUCCGGGGCAUGCAGUUCAUGCAGGCGUUGCGUGGGUUCUUGCAGCACUUCCGUCUCCCCGGGGAGUCGCAGAAGAUCGACCGGUUCAUGCUCAAGUUCGCGGAGAAGUACGUUUCCGACAACCCGGGCAGCUUUGCCAACGCAGACACGGUGUACGUGCUCUCGUACUCAGUGGUGAUGCUCAACACGGACCUCCACUCGCCGCAGGUCAAGCAGCGGAUGACCCUCGAGGAGUUUGUUCGGAACAACCGCGGCAUUGACGACGGCAGCGACUUGGACCGGGGGCUGCUUGAGGGUAUCUACCGGGACAUCCAGGAGCACGAGAUCGUGCUGGACAGCGAGCGGGGGCUGCGGACCGCGGUGGAGUCCGGCGUGGAGGCCGGGCUGGGCAGCCCGGUGCAGUCUGGGGCCCCAGGUGGCAUACCGGGAGCGUCCGCGUUGCUUUUCGGUGUCAGCAGGAGCCUCGCCCGGCAGGCGUACGAGCGGGCAUCGCGUGAGAUGGCCAGCAACACGGAGCGGGCCGUGCAAUCACUCGGGGAGGCACGGGGCGGCCCUGGGGCAGCCGGCGAGGCCCCAGGGGAGUCCGUGCCGCGGUUCUACCGCGUGCCACCCGGUACGGACACCAGGGAGUACGCCCGGUCGAUGUUCGGCAACCUGUGGAUGUCAUUUCUUGCCGCGUUGACCCCGCCAUUCAAGGAGUACGACGACACGGACACGGCCAAGCUGCUCUUGCAGGGCAUGAGGCUGUCGAUCCACCUCGCGUGCGUCCUGGGCGUCGACUACGCCCGGACCUCGUUCAUGCGGGCCCUCGUGCAGUUCACCUGCAUCAACAGCCCGGCAGAUAUCUCCGGCAAGUGCGUCGACGCCGUGUGCACGCUGCUCGACGUGGCCAUCGCCGACCAGAACGCCUUGAAGACGUCCUGGCGGUUGGUGUUUGUGGUUAUUUCGCAGGUCGAGCGGUUGAGGCUGCUUUCGCGGGGGGUUGACGCUGUUCCCGAUCUUCUGCAGGCGCGGAUUGAGGGGGAAAGUGAAGUUAAUAGGAAUAGUAGCAGCUCCUCCCCCCAGAAAAUCCAUCCCGACUCUGCAGCCAGGCUCAACUCUACCCACAUGGACGUGGCCAUCGACCAGGUGUUCGCCAAAAGCUCGCAGAUCCACGGAGACGCGAUCUUCGACUUCCUCGCCGGACUCAGCGAGGUCGCCAGAGAGGAGAUCAACUCGUCCGCACACAGCCCCGAGCCCCGGAUGUUCUCGCUCCAGAAGUUGGUCGACGUGUGCUACUACAACAUGGGCCGGAUCAGGGUGCAGUGGUCCGCCAUGUGGGCCGUGCUCAACGAGACGUUCAGCGAGUUCGGCUGCAACGACAACCGUGCCGUGUGCUUCUUUGCCAUCGACUCACUCCGCCAGAUGGCCGUCCGGUUCUUCUCCAUCGACGAGUUGGCCCACUUCAAGUUCCAGAAGGACUUCUUGCAGCCCUUCAGCUACAUCAUCCGCCACAACUCCGACGUCCAGGUCCGCGACAUGGUGCUCGACUGCGUCCACUACUUGGUGGCCAAGAACUCCGCCACCAUCCGCUCCGGCUGGGCCUCCUUGCUCGGCAUUUUGACCGAUGCUGCCGUCAACGACGACGAAGAGGCCUUUGUGUCCAAGGGCUUCCGGUACGCCAGCUCCAUCUGCCACCACCACCUCGCCCAGGUCCGUGCCCAGGAGGCGUUCGGUGCUCUCGUUGUCUGCCUCACCGAGUACGCCAAGAACGACCGGUUCCAGAAGGUCAGUCUCCAGGCUCUCCACGACAUUCGCGGGCUCGUGGGUGUCGUGGGUGCCACUGAGGGCCCGGAAACCACCCCAGACUCCUGGUUCAACCUCCUCUACGCGUUCCACGACGUCAUCAUGGAGGGCGAGGACCUCGAGGUCCGAGCACAGGCCUUGGACGACUUGUUCAACACCCUCCUCAAGUACGGCUCGUCCUUCGACCGCGACUUCUGGUACCGCAUCAGCAACCAGAUCCUCUUCCCGAUCUUCGCCAUCCUCAGCCAGCACUGGCAGCUCUCCACCAACCAGGAGGACCUCUGGGUCUGGCUCUCGUCCACCCUCAUCCAGGCCUUGCGGAGGAUGAUCACGCUUUUCACCACCUUCUAUCCCACACUCUGCGGCAUGCUUGAUGGCUACUUGAACCUUCUAGUGUCCUGCAUCUGCCAGGAGAACGAGACCAUCUCCAAGGUGGGCAUCUCCUGCCUCCAGGAGCUUCUUUUGAGCAACAUUCUGCGCUUUGCCGAUGCCCAGUGGGUGCAGAUCGACAAGACUUUUGCCAAGCUGUUUGCUCUGACCCGGGCCACCGAGCUGUUUGAGGCUGAUCCGAAGCAGAGCGUGCCUUCGUUGACUGUGGGGGAGGAAGAGAGCGAGGAAGAAGAUGAUGAAGAGAGCGAGGAGGAAGAGGAAAAUGAUGAGAGCGUGGAGGAAGAUGAAAAUGAAUCCCAACAGAACGACAACAUCAACUCUCUCUCUAUGUCAAGACAGAAGUCCACCAUCGUCAUCAAGUGCGUCCUCCAACUUCACAUGAUCCAGACCCUCUCUGAGUUGUUCGAUAACGACUCCUUCUACUCCAACACCCCCGUUCCUCACCUGCUCAACCUGGCAGAGCUUCUUUUCCAAUCCUACGACUUUGCCCGCAGCUUCAACCUCGAUUACAACUUGCGUGUCCGGCUUUGGAACUCCGGCGUCACCGACAAGCUCCCCAACUUGCUGAAACAGGAGACUUCCGCCGUCGGUGUCUUCAUCAGCAUCAGCUUCAGGCUAUACAGCGACGUGCAAAAAACUGACUCUGCAACCAGAAAAACUAUCGGCACCAGACUCAUGCCAUUGAGUGUCACGCUUUUGCACAGAUACGCCCAGUUCGAUGAGCAAGAACAGGCUAGAAGCAUCCAGAAUUGGGUCCCUGUGGUUGUCGAAACUGUCCAGGCCUGCACGGAAAUGGAUCCCGACGAUUUCCGCACCGUUUGCCCAAUGGUCUACGACUACGUCUUGGCGAUAUUCGAUAAAUCCAUCGAUCAGAACCUCAGACUGUCUUUGCACGAUUUCUUCGCCCGGGUGGGUUCUAUCUACCUGGAAAAACACCAAGUUAGAACUAAGUAA